CAUUCAAUAGCUCGAGCCUUUAGCGCUGAUUGACAGUCCAAACAAAAACCGUUAGGAAUGGGUAAACAUUCUGAGCGCGAGGAACGUAUUUCACAUUUGAUUUCCAACGUUUUGUCAGUUGAAGUUUAGCUUGGUAGCUAACAUUAGCUGGUAAGAUUAAGGUACACAGAACAUUAAGAAAUAGCUGACGGUGGCUGUCAAACUGUAUGAUAACAUGGAGGGAGAAGAUCAGAGGAUCGUGUUUUUACAGAACGUGACUUUAAAGGCGCUAAAGUUGAAACCGGACAAAUGGCAGAAGUUUAUUGCUGGGGAGGAAACCCGAACUUUGAUCGGAAACUUCAUUGAAAAAUCCGACGUCAAUAGCCUUGUUAUUUCUCUAAAUGCAGCAUCCCAACUUGUUUGCAGCCUUGAGUUUCCGCAAACAAUUAAAAACAAAGCUGUAUAUUUUAUCAAGAAGGAUAAAGAAGUUAUUACAAAAGACAAUAUAAAGAAUGUAUUUAUUGGAGACGUCGCGAAUUCCCCAGUGGACGCUACAAUCGGCGCAAUUGAGGGGAUUGCUUACCCUCUACACACCAACAAAGACAACACCAGAUGCUGGCCCAGGGUGGUUUCAGAUGAUGUGUCUCGCCAUGCACACAAACUGAAGAAUGAGGUGUUCGUCGUUGGAGGUCAAAUCAAAGGCAGAACAUUCCUGCCAUUACCAGCAAACGCAGAUGCUCUUGAAGAUUCAGAAUACACCUACCGGCUCUCUUGCUCCAUUGACAGUAAGUUGAUGCAUGCCUUUGAGACGGUGAUAAUCGACUGGACUCACCAGGUGACAGAGGUUCUUAGUAAAGACUCUGCCCAGCCGAUCCUGGAUGGACUGAACCCACUGCCCAGAGUGGAGUUUGAUUUCUGGAGCAACAGACUCAUGAACCUGGAGUGUAUUUAUGCACAGUUGAUGGAUCCAAAAGUGUGCAAGAUGGCAGAAAUUGUUGAAAAAGCAUCAAGUACCUACUGGCCAGCACUGAAGAGUAUCUACAGGGAUGUCAAUGAAGGUCGGACGGAAGCACGGGAUAUUGUGCUUUAUCUGAAGCCACUGCAGAAGAUACUUGAUGAGAUUGAACAGUUGGAGUACUCACAGCUGCCAACCUACGUGGGAGCUGUGAUGCACACAGUAUGUCUAACCUGGGCUAACUCUGAGCACUACAGCCACCCUGCUAGGAUCAUUGUCAUCCUCCAAGAAAUCUGCAACCUCUUCAUUGAUAUGACAAGGAACUUCCUGGGUCCAGAGGAGGUGAUGAAGGGCCUUGUGGGGGAGAUCGACGAGAUUCUGGGAAACAUCAGGAUGAGCAUUGUCACCUUGGUGACCCUCAGAGAGACUUACAACCAGUGCAAAGUCGACAUGGACAAAUACUUCAAAAAUGGAAACUCAAAGAACUGGGAUUUCCCUUCACACCUGGUGUUUACCAGGUUGGAUGCCUUCCUGCAGCGUCUACAGACCAUAGAGGAGGUGUAUGCGGUGUCAGUGGAGCUGCUAAAGCUGGAGAAGGUGGACAUCCAGGGGGUCCGAGGCAGCGCCCUGGGAAACAUGGUCUUCAGCAUCUACGAGGAGUUCCUUGAUCUCAUCAAAAUAUUCGCAGAGUGCAAAUACGACGCCAUCGACACAGGCAACAAGAGCUUUGAUGAGAACUUCAGGAAGUUCCAGUACCAGAUCUUGGACUUUGAGAGACGGUUAGGCACCAUCCUGUGCCAGGCUUUUGAUGACUGUGCCUCCACAGAGUCUGCUGUCAAGAUGUUGGACAUGUUUGGCUUCAUCCUGGAGCGCCCUCACAUCCAGAACCAGAUCUGGUCUAAGUACAAGGAGCUGGUGGAAAUGUUCAGCUCAGAGCUGGACCACACCAAGCUGGUGUACGACGCCCAGAUGGCAGCCGUGGAGACAUGCAAAGGCUUCCCGCCCAUUGCCAAAAACAUGCCCCACGUUGCCGGGCAACUCAAUUGGGCCCGGGAGGUACAAGACCGCAUCCAGAUCCCCAUGAAGAACUUCAAGGCUAUCCACCACCCGUGUAUGGACACGGAUGAGGCCAGGCUGGUGUUCCAGAAGUAUGAAGAGAUGAUGGGGCUGCUGCACCAGUACUGUGUGAGCGUGUACACAGAGUGGACAUCCCGGGUCGACACUGACUGCCAGUUCAACCUGGAGCAGCCUCUGCUUCUACGCAACACCAAGAACAACGUCCUCAGUGUCAACUUCAACAAGCAGCUGGUGGCCGUUCUGAGGGAGGUGAAGUAUCUGACCAUCCAGGGCCAGCAGGACGUGCCUCCCAGCGCUGCUGAAGUCUUUUCCCAGAGUGAGACCUUCAGAAAAUACGUGGGCAACCUGGACCUCAUCGUCUCCUGGUACAACCAGAUCCUAGCCACAGUCCUGCCAGUGGAGUUUCCGCUGCUUGAGGAGGAGCUGAAGGGCAUCGAUGAGAAACUGGCCCUGGCUGAGAGCACUCUGAGCUGGCACGGGGAAGGUGUGUGGGAGUACAUCCAGCAGAUGAGAGACAACUUGCAUAACUUUGAGAGCAGAAUCAACCAGGCUAAGACCAACGUGGAGGCCAUGCACAUAAUCAUGGAGGAGUGGUCUGUGAGCCCCAUGUUUGAGAGGAAGGACAAUAAGGACUCUCUGCUGGACCUGGAUGGAAGACAAGCAGCCCUUAACAAGAAGUACGCUGCCAUCAAAGAGUCUGGCCAGAAACUCCACCAACUGACACAGGAGAAUAAAAAGCUGUUUGGAGCAGAUGAGAGCACUGACUCGUGGAUGGCCUACGUCGACUACAUUGAUGACAAAGUCCUGGACGGGUUCUACAAAGUCGUCAAUGUGUCUCUCAAGUUCCUUGCUAGUAACAUGCUCGCCAAGUCGAGUAUAAACCCACUCUUUGAGGUGCGUUUUGAAUUGGAGGAUGGAGACACAUCGUUCUACCCGUCUUUGGUCUAUGGCAUAUCUGAUGGCUUUUACGACCUGGUCGAGAGUCUCAUCCAUGAUGUGUACCAAGCUGCUGAACUAGUUCCUCGGAUAUCAAUGACCAACAAAACAUGCUACGAAGUGGAGUUGGAUGAGAUGUCAGAGCUGUCAGACAUGCGUGAGAAUGUGUUGAACCAGGUGGUUGGGGCCAUGAAAGAGGCCCAGGAGUAUCGGGACGUGCUCUAUAAAUACGCCUACCUGUGGCAGGAUGACAGGGACGACUUCAUGGAGCAGUUCCUCCUCUACGGCAAAGUUCUUUCCCCGGAGGAGAUUGAGGCGCACGGAGAGGACAGCGUGCCCAAAAACCCCCCCACACUGAAAGAUUUCAAGGAAGAGAUCGAUAUGUAUGAGAAACUGUACAAGGAGGUGAGCAACUUGGAGAACUCCCAGGUGCUGCAGCACUGGCUCCAGAUUGACAUCCGUCCCUUCAAACAUGCCCUGCUCAACACCAUCAAACGUUGGAGCCUCAUGUUCAAACAGUUCCUCAUAGACCGAGUCACCAACAGCCUGAGGGACCUGGAUGGCUUCAUCAAGGAGGUGGAGGAUGGGCUGACCAAGACAGUGGAGGAAGGGGAUUACCAGGGCCUGGUGGGGGUCAUGGGUCACCUGAUGAGGAUGAAAGACAGACAGGCAGCCACAGACACCAUGUUCUCCCCUCUCAAGGAAACCAUCCAGUUCCUCAAAGACUUUGGAGAGGAGCUGCCUGACGAGUCCAUGCUCAGCUACAGGUAGGCGACACAACAGAUCUGACUCCAGGAUCUUCCAGAGCACUGGAAUAACGUGAAAAACUCCCUCCAAGUUCAAAAGAACUUGGCUCCAUUGCAAGCACAUGAAGUCACAAUCGUCCGAAGGAAAUGCCAACAAUUAGAGAUCAAACAGUAUGAGUUUAGAGAGAAGUUCAGACAGCAGCCCUUCUUCCAAUUCUCUUUUGAAAACCCACACGGGGCUCUCGAUGAUAUUCAGAUGGAUAUCAUGGGCUUGGAGGAAGAGAUGGAGGGCCUGUCAAACUCAGCCGGUCUGUUUGAGGUGAAUGUUCCCGACUACAAACAGCUCAAAACCUGCCGCAAGGAGAUCGUCCUGCUCAAAGAACUCUGGGACAUGAUCCUGCUGGUGAGCGGGAACAUGGAUGACUGGAAGACCACCCUGUGGAAGGACAUCAACGUGGAGGAGAUGGAUAUGGACACCAAGAAGUACGCCAAGGACAUCAAGGGGCUGGACAAGGAGAUGAGAGCCUGGGACGCCUUUACCGGAUUGGACAGCAUGGUGAAGAACAUGAUGACGUCAUUGCGCGCCGUGGGAGAACUGCAGAACCCGGCCAUCAGGGACCGCCACUGGCUGCAGCUCAUGAUGGCCACCAAGGUGAAGUUUGAUAUGUCUGAGAAGACCACCUUUGAGGACCUGCUGAAGCUCAACCUGCACCAGUUUGAGGACGAGGUGCGCAGCAUCGUGGACAAGGCCGUCAAGGAGUCUGGCAUGGAGAAGACUCUGGCCGAGCUGGACAGCACGUGGAGCUCCAUGGUGUUUGAACACGAGCCUCAUGGCCGGACAGGCACCAUGCUGCUCAAACCCAACGAGGAGCUGGUGGAAACUCUGGAAGACAACCAGGUACAGCUGCAGACUCUGAUGACCUCCAAGUACAUCGCUCACUUUCUGGAGGAGGUGUCUGGCUGGCAGCAUAGGCUGUCCACUGCAGACUCCGUCAUCUCCAUCUGGUUCACUGUGCAGCGCACCUGGACCCAUCUGGAGAGCAUCUUCAUUGGCUCUGAGGACAUCCGCUGCCAACUGCCCGAAGACUCCAAACGAUUUGAUGGCAUCGACAUGGACUUCAAGGAAAUCAUGGCUGAGGCAACGAAGGUUACCAACGUGGUGGAGUCCACCAAUAAGAAAGGGCUUCUGGAGAAACUGGAGGGUUUGGAGACAGGACUGGCUAUGUGUGAGAAGGCUCUGGCUGAGUACCUGGAGACCAAGCGUCUGGCCUUCCCCAGGUUCUACUUUGUCUCCUCUGCUGACCUGCUGGACAUCCUGUCCAAUGGAAACGACCCUGUGGAGGUCAGCAAGCAUCUGUCCAAGCUGUUUGACAGCCUGUCCAACCUCAAGUUCCAGCUGGAUGAGAGUGGCAAGCCCAUCAAGGUGGCCCUGGGAAUGUGGAGUGAAGAGAUUGAGUAUGUCACCUUUGACAAGGACUGUGACUGCUCAGGACAGGUGGAGAUGUGGCUGAACCGUGUGCUGGAGAGGAUGUGUGCCACUCUGAGAGUGGAGUUUGGAGAGGCUGUCCAGGCCUACGAGGAGAAACCCAGAGAACAGUGGCUGUUUGACUACCCAGCCCAGAUUGCCCUGGCCACCACYCAAAUCUGGUGGACCACAGAGGUGGGCAUAGCAUUCGCCAGACUGGAGGAGGGCUAUGAGAACGCCCUCAAGGACUACUUCAAGAAACAGGUGAUCCAGCUGAACACUCUGAUCACGCUGCUGAUUGGAGAGCUGUCCAGAGGAGACCGUCAGAAGAUCAUGACCAUCUGUACUAUCGAUGUCCACGCUCGAGACGUAGUCUCCAAACUCAUCAGCACCAAGAUUGAUAACGUCGGGGCGUUCAUGUGGCAGUCUCAGCUGAGGCAUCGCUGGGACGACCAUAACAAGCACUGCUUCGCCAACAUCUGUGAUGCCCUGUUCAGAUACUCCUACGAGUACCUGGGAAACACCCCACGAUUGGUCAUCACCCCGCUGACUGACAGGUGUUACAUCACUCUGACCCAGUCUCUCCAUCUCAUCAUGGGCGGGGCUCCGGCCGGUCCUGCCGGAACCGGGAAGACCGAGACCACCAAGGAUUUGGGCCGAGCCCUCGGCAUCAUGGUCUAUGUAUUCAACUGCUCUGAGCAGAUGGAUUACAAGUCUUGUGGAGACAUCUAUAAGGGUCUGGCUCAGACUGGGGCCUGGGGCUGCUUUGACGAGUUCAACCGAAUCUCUGUGGAGGUGUUGUCUGUCAUCGCUGUACAGGUGAAGUCUGUUCAGGACGCUAUCAGAGAUAAGAAGAUCAUCUUUAACUUCCUGGGUGAGACCAUCAAGCUGAUCCCCACCGUGGGAGCCUUCAUCACCAUGAACCCGGGAUACGCCGGCCGUGCAGAGCUACCGGAGAACCUCAAGGCUCUGUUCAGGCCAUGCGCCAUGGUGGUGCCGGACUUUGAGUUAAUCUGUGAGAUCAUGUUGGUGGCUGAAGGCUUCAUCGACGCCAGAGUCCUGGCCAGGAAGUUCAUCACCCUCUACACCCUCUGCAAAGAGCUGCUUUCCAAACAGGACCACUAUGACUGGGGUCUUCGUGCCAUUAAGUCUGUGUUGGUGGUGGCCGGCUCUUUGAAGAGAGGAGACCCRGGUCGCCCGGAGGACCAGGUCCUGAUGAGAGCUCUAAGAGACUUCAACGUCCCCAAGAUCGUGAUGGACGACUCGCCUGUGUUCCUGGGACUUAUUGGAGACCUGUUCCCUGCUUUGGACGUCCCCAGGAAGAGAAACCUGGACUUUGAGAAGGUAGUGAAGCAGUCAGUGCUGGACCUGAAUCUGCAGGCGGAGGACAGUUUUAUUCUGAAGGUGGUUCAGCUGGAAGAGCUGCUGGCCGUCCGACACUCCGUCUUCAUCAUCGGCAAUGCCGGCACCGGCAAGUCCAAGGUGAUGCGCUCGUUGAAUAAGACCUAUCAGAACAUGAAGAGGAAGCCGGUGAUCGUGGAUCUGGACCCCAAGGCUGUCACCUGUGACGAGCUGUUUGGCAUCAUCAACCCUGCCACCCGAGAAUGGAAGGACGGUCUUUUCUCCUGUGUGAUGAGAGAUUUGGCCCUCAUCAGCCAUGACGGGCCCAAGUGGAUCGUACUGGACGGAGACAUCGACCCUAUGUGGAUCGAAUCCCUCAAUACGGUCAUGGACGACAACAAGGUGUUGACUCUGGCCAGUAACGAACGCAUCCCUCUUAACUCCACCAUGCGUCUGGUGUUUGAGAUUAAGGACCUGCGGACGGCCACUCCAGCCACCGUGUCCCGGGCUGGAAUCCUCUUCAUCAACUCUGCUGACCUGGGAUGGAGCCCGGUGGUGACCAGCUGGAUCGAGAAGCGAGAGGUCCAGUCGGAGAAAGCCAACCUGUUCAUCCUGUUUGACAAGUACUUGCCUACCUGUCUGGAGAAGCUCAAGUUCGGCUUCAAGAAAAUCACUCCUAUCCCAGAGGUCACACUGGUCCAAACCCUGCUCCACUUCAUGGAGUUUCUACUGGUGCCUGAGAACACCCCGCCCGACUCCAACAAAGAACUCUAUGAGCUCUACUUUGUGUUCGCCUGCAUCUGGGCCUUCGGAGGGGCCAUGUUCCAGGACCAGCUGACAGACUACCGUGUGGAGUUCAGUAAGUGGUGGGUGAAUGAGUUCAAGACCAUCAAGUUCCCAUCUGCGGGGACUGUGUUUGACUACUACAUCGACAGAGACUCCAAGAAGUUCCAGCCCUGGACGGAGUUAGUCCCCAAGUUCCAGCUGGAUCCAGACCUCCCACUGCAGGCGUCUCUAGUUCACACGGCUGAGACCAUCCGUAUCCGCUACUUCAUGGACAAACUGAUGGAGAGGAAGUGUCCUGUGAUGUUGGUGGGCAACGCGGGCAGUGGCAAGUCAGUCCUGAUGGGAGACAAGCUCCGCGGCCUCAGCACUGAUUACUAUGUGGUCCAGUCUGUCCCCUUCAACUUCUACACAACCUCGGCCAUGCUGCAGGCCAUACUGGAGAAACCCCUGGAGAAGAAGGCAGGCCGGAACUACGGCCCCCCCGGCAGCAAGAGUCUCAUCUACUUCAUAGACGACAUGAACAUGCCUGAGGUCGACAAGUACUUCACUGUGGCUCCGCACACACUCAUCCGCCAGCACAUGGACCACGGACACUGGUAUGACAGAGCCAAGCUGACUCUGAAGGACAUCCAUAACUGCCAGUAUGUGGCCUGUAUGAACCCUACAGCUGGCAGCUUCACCAUCGACCCCCGACUGCAGAGGCACUUCUGUGUCUUUGCGGUGAGUUUCCCGGGCCAGGACGCACUCCAAAGCAUCUAUAACUCCAUCUUCUCCCAACAUCUGGACAUGAAUGGCUUUCUCCCCGCCGUCAAGAAGUUCUGCCCUACGCUGGUCACCUCUGCAAUCAUGUUCCACCAGAGGAUCUCCACCUCCUUCCUUCCCACGGCAGUCAAGUUCCACUACGUCUUUAACCUCAGAGACCUCUCCAACAUCUUCCAGGGUCUUCUGUUCUCCAUGCCAGAGUGUGUGAGGGCCCCUGCUGAGCUGGUGAGACUGUGGCUUCAUGAGUGUGACCGUGUGUACGGAGACAAGCUGGUGGAGGAGAAGGACAUGGUGCUGUUUGCCAAGAUUGAGGGAGAGAUCUGCAAGAAGUGCUUCGAGGAAAUAGAUGCAGGUUUCCUCUUUGAGAAGCCCAACAUCUUUUGCCACUUUGCCCAAGGCAUCGGCGAGCCCAAAUACUUCCCUAUUCCAGACUGGGUGGUUCUGAACAAGCUGCUACUGGAGGGCCUGGACAGCUACAACGAAGUCAAUGCUGUCAUGAACCUGGUGCUGUUUGAGGACGCAAUGUCCCAUAUCUGCCGUAUCAACCGUAUCCUGGAGUCUCCUCGCGGUAACGCCCUGCUGGUCGGGGUGGGCGGCAGCGGCAAGCAGUCUCUGUCUCGCCUCGCUGCCAGCAUCGCCAACCUGGAGGUGUUCCAGAUCACCCUGAGGAAAGGCUACGGCAUCCCCGACCUCAAGUUGGACGUGGCCGCCCAAUACAUGAAGGCUGGGGUGAAGAACAUAGGGACGGUGUUCCUGAUGACCGACAGCCAGGUGGCCGAGGAGGAGUUCCUGGUGCUGAUCAAUGACCUGCUGGCGUCGGGGGAGAUCCCCGGUCUGUUCCAAGACGAUGAGGUGGAGAACAUCAUUGUUGCCAUGAGGAACGAGGUCAAGGCUGUGGGCCUGCCAGACUCACGCGAAAACUGCUGGAAGUUCUUCAUCGACAGAGUCCGCAAACAGCUCAAGGUGAUUCUGUGUUUCUCUCCGGUGGGAUCCACUCUGAGGGUGCGAGCCAGGAAGUUCCCUGCCGUGGUCAACUGCACCUCCAUCGACUGGUUCCACGAGUGGCCAGAGGAGGCGUUGGUGUCUGUCAGUGCUCGCUUCCUCUCCGAGACAGACGGCAUCAUGCCCGAGGUGAAGGACUCUCUGAGCCAGUUCAUGGCCUUCGUCCAUAAGACAGUGAAUGAGAUGUCCAAGUCCUACCUGCUGUCAGACCGUCGCUACAACUACACCACGCCGAAGACCUUCCUGGAGCAGAUCAAACUCUACCAGAACCUCCUGGCCGUCAAGAGGAGCGAGCUGCUGUCCAAGAUGGAGCGCCUGGAGAACGGAUUAACCAAACUGGAGAACACCUCCGCUCAGGUGGAUGAUCUGAAGGCCAAGCUGGCCGUGCAGGAGGUGGAGCUCAAGCAGAAGAACGAGGAUGCUGACAAGCUCAUCGAGGUGGUCGGUGUGGAAACAGAGAAAGUGUCCAAGGAGAAGGUCAUAGCCAACGAUGAGGAGCUCAAAGUGCAAGUAAUCGCCAAGAAUGUGGGAGAGAAACAGAGGUCUUGUGAAGAGGACUUAGCCAAAGCAGAACCUGCCCUGUUGGCUGCCCAGGAGGCUCUCAACACUCUCAACAAGAACAACCUAACAGAGUUGAAGUCGUUUGGCUCACCUCCGGAGGCGGUGGUGAACGUGAUGGGUGCUGUGAUGAUCCUGAUGGCCCCCGGAGGGAAGGUGCCCAAAGACAAGAGCUGGAAGGCUGCCAAGAACACCAUGGCCAAGGUGGACGCCUUCCUGGAUGCCCUGAUCAACUACAACAAGGAGAACAUCCCUGACACCUGCAUUAAGGCCUUCCAACCGUUUAAGAACGACCCCACAUUCGAGCCAGAAUACAUCCGCUCUAAGUCACUUGCUGCUGCAGGUCUGUGUUCGUGGUGCAUCAACAUUGUGAUGUUCUACGAGGUGUACUGUGAUGUGGAGCCCAAACGCCAGACUCUGGCCCAGGCCAAUGCUGAGCUGGCCGCUGCCUUGGACAAACUCUCCAUCAUCAAGACCAAGAUCAAUCAACUGAAUGCUAACCUGGCCAAACUGACGUCGGAGUUUGAGAAGGCCACAUCGGACAAGCUGAGGUGUCAACAGGAAGCAGACGCCACCAAUCAGACCAUCUCCCUGGCCAACAGGCUGGUGGGAGGUCUGGCCUCAGAGAAGGUGCGUUGGUCAGAGUCGGUGGCCCAGUUUAAGAUCCAGGAGAAGACUCUGAGUGGUGACGUCAUGCUCAUCUCUGCCUUCGUCUCCUACGUGGGCUACUUCACCAAGAAGUACCGCAUUGAACUCAUGGACAAGUACUGGCUGCCCUACCUCAAAGAGCUCAAGGUCCCCAUCCCGAUCACAGAGGGGCUGGACCCCCUGAUGUUGCUGACAGAUGACGCAGACAUCGCUGCCUGGAGCAACCAGGGCUUGCCUAGUGACCGCAUGUCCAUUGAGAACGCCACCAUCCUGUGCAACACGGAGCGCUGGCCGCUCAUCGUGGAUGCCCAGCUCCAGGGAAUCAAGUGGAUCAAAAGGAAAUACGGAGACAACCUUAAAGUCAUCCGGCUGGGACAGAAAGGGUACCUGGACAGCAUCGAGAGCGCUGUGUCUAACGGAGACACUCUGCUGAUAGAGAACAUCAGUGAGAAUGUAGAACCCGUCCUGGACCCUUUACUGGGCAGGAACACCAUCAAGAAGGGCAAGUACAUCCGGAUAGGAGACAAGGAGGUAGAGUACAGCCCUAGCUUCCGUCUCAUCCUGCACACUAAGUACUUCAACCCUCACUACAAGCCUGAGAUGCAGGCUCAGUGUACGCUCAUCAACUUCCUGGUUACCAGAGACGGGCUGGAGGACCAGCUGCUAGCCGCCGUGGUCGCUAAGGAACGGCCAGACCUGGAAGAGCUCAAGGCUGAGCUGACCAAGCAACAAAACAACUUUAAGAUUGUGCUGAAGCAGCUGGAGGACUCUCUGUUGGCUCGCCUCUCGGCUGCCUCCGGCAACUUUUUGGGAGACACCGCCCUCGUAGAGAACCUGGAAAUCACCAAGGCAACUGCCACCGAGAUCGAGGAGAAGGUGCGCGAAGCGAAGAUAACAGAGGUUAAGAUCAACGAGGCCAGAGAGAACUACAGACCUGCAUCAAUACGAGCUGCUCUGCUCUACUUUAUCCUCAACGACCUGAACAAAAUCAACCCCAUCUACCAGUUCUCACUCAAGGCCUUCAGUGUUGUGUUUGAGGUGGCCAUCAUGCUUACAGAGCCGGCGGACGAGGUGAAACACAGAGUGAACAACCUGAUAGACCAGAUCACCUACUCUGUGUUCAUGUACACCAACCGCAGCCUGUUUGAGAGGGACAAGCUUACCUUCAUCGCUCAGGUCGCAUUCCAGAUCUUGCUGAUGAAGAAGGAGAUCAACCCUACUGAGCUGGACUUCCUCCUGAGGUUCCCUUACAAAGCUGGCCUGGGCUCUCCGGUCGACUUCCUGGCCAACCAGGGCUGGGGUGGCAUCAAGGCCCUGUCGGAGUUUGAUGAGUUUAAGAACCUGGACCGGGACAUGGAGGGAUCUGCAAAGCGCUGGAAGAAGUUUGUUGAGUCGGAGGCUCCGGAGAAGGAAAAGUUUCCUCAGGAGUGGAAGAACAAGACGGGCCUACAGAAACUCUGCAUGAUGAGGUGUAUGAGACCGGACCGGAUGUCCUACGCAGUCAGUACCUUUGUGGAGGAGAAGAUGGGUACAAAGUACGUGGAGGGGAGGAGCGUGGAGUUCGCCGUAUCAUUUGAGGAGAGCAGCUCGUCUACUCCCAUGUUCUUCAUCCUCUCCCCGGGAGUCGACCCCCUCAAAGAUGUGGAAGCUCUAGGUAAGAAGAUGGGUUUCACCUUUGACAACGGGAAGUUCCACAACGUGUCUCUGGGUCAGGGCCAGGAGGUGGUGGCCGAGGCUGCUCUGAACAUGGCAGCUAGAGAAGGACACUGGGUUAUACUGCAGAACAUCCACCUGGUGGCCAAGUGGCUGGGCAGCCUGGAUAAACUAGUGGAGCGCUACAGCAUGGGUAGCCAUGAUGACUAUCGCGUGUACAUGUCAGCUGAGCCUUCGCCCACGCCAGAGUCGCACUACAUCCCCCAGGGCCUGCUGGAGAAUGGCAUUAAGAUCACCAACGAACCGCCCACCGGCAUGCAAGCUAACCUGCACAAGGCCCUGUAUCUCUUCAACCAGGACACUCUGGAAAUGUGCUCUAAAGAGUCAGAGUUCAAGGUGAUCCUGUUUGCGUUGUGCUACUUCCACGCUGUGGUGGCUGAGAGGAGGAAGUUUGGAGCUCAGGGCUGGAACAGAUCUUACCCCUUCAACAAUGGAGACCUCACCAUCUCCGUCAACGUGCUCUACAACUACCUGGAGGCCAACUCCAAGGUGCCGUGGGACGACCUGCGCUAUCUGUUUGGGGAGAUCAUGUACGGUGGCCACAUCACAGACGACUGGGACAGGAAGUUGUGUCGUACCUAUCUGGAGGAGUAUGUCAGACCUGAGAUGCUGGAGGGAGAGCUGUACCUCGCACCCAGCUUCCCUGUACCACCCAACUCUGACUACAAGGGCUACCAUAUGUACAUAGAUGAGGUGCUGCCUCCAGAGAGCCCCUACUUGUACGGCCUCCACCCCAACGCUGAGAUUGGCUUCCUCACCAUCACCUCAGAGAAGCUGUUCCGCACCGUGCUGGAGAUGCAGCCCAAAGAGUCAGACGCAGCCGGGGGAGGAGGGGUGUCCAGAGAGGAGAAGGUGAAGGGCAUCCUGGAUGAGAUUCUGGAGAAGCUGCCAGAUGGUUUCAACAUGAUAGAGAUAAUGGCCAAGGUGGAGGAGAGAACUCCCUACAUCAUCGUGGCCUUCCAGGAGUGUGAGAGGAUGAACUUCCUCACCAAGGAGAUCACGCGCUCUCUCAAAGAGCUCAACCUCGGACUCAAGGGUGAGUUGACAAUCACAACCGACAUGGAGGAGCUGGGUAACGCUCUGUUCCUGGACACGGUGCCAGAGUCCUGGACCAAGCUCGCCUACCCCUCCCUGCAGGGCCUGGGKGGUUGGUAUGCAGACCUGCUGCUCAGGAUCAAGGAGUUGGAGUCGUGGACAGCAGACUUCGCUCUCCCCACCACGGUGUGGCUGGCAGGGUUCUUCAACCCCCAGUCGUUCCUGACAGCUAUCAUGCAGUCCAUGGCCAGGAAGAACGAGUGGCCUCUGGACAGGAUGUGUCUGUCUGUAGAGGUGACGAAGAAGAACCGUGAGGACAUGACCAGUCCACCCAGGGAGGGGGCCUACGUCUACGGACUCUACAUGGAGGGGGCACGCUGGGACACCCAGACGGGGGUGAUAGCGGAUGCUCGUCUGAAGGAGCUGACCCCCAACAUGCCGGUGAUCUUCAUCAAGGCGGUACCGGUGGACCGACAGGAAACCAAGAACGUGUAUGAGUGUCCUGUCUACAAGACCCGCAUGAGGGGUCCCACCUUCAUCUGGACCUUCAACCUCAAGACCAAGGAGAAGCCUGCCAAGUGGGUACUGGCCGCUGUCUGCCUCCUGCUUAGUGUGUAA